CUCGUUCAUCCAACAACAGACUAUUGCUAUUGGUGCCUUCCAUAUCUACCAAUGACACAUGCACAAUGACAUGAUGUGGGUGGAACGACUUCACUGUGCUUCGGCGUGGCCUACAGGCGCCUGCAUUCUUUCCUCAACACCAAGCAUAGAUUCUGCUCCUCAGUCACUGCGAGAUUAGUAACAUUGCCCACUUUAAUGAGCAAUCCAACUUGAUCGCCCGUCUCAUCAUGGCUUCGAACAUCCCAAAGUUCGCCAGCUUCCGGCCAAAACCUAAGGCUGCCCCAGAGCCGCCCAAGGAGCCCCAGAAACCCUCAAAAGCGGAGCGACCAUUAAAAGAAGAGGCAAUCAGCGAGACCACAAAAGCCCAACAGUCCGAGAAACUGGCCCACGGUCGAGAUGCUCUGACAUCAAAAACCUACUACAGCGACCGUAGAGGCGACGCCGACGUACUUCGCUAUGGGACCCUAAAUCGCUACCACAUACCAGCUUACCGCCGAUACGGUCGUGGCUUCGUGCUGGGACUAUCUCCGGACCAGAAGAUAGACCGGGAUAUUACUACAGACAAGAAGAUCUACGUAACGCCGAUAGUUCGUCGACGACAGGAGCGGCUUUUGACCGAUAAGCGCCUGAACAAGUCGACUGACCGCGCGCUACGACUGGUAAAGACAGAAAGCGAUUCUAUCCCCAUAGACCUAGAAUUUAUCGCACUUUCUAGCUCAAGUAAAAGAAAACGCAUCGAUAGUGAUGAUGACGACGAGGGGACGCCCGACCUAGACUACCGGGGCAUUGAUGGAAAGCCCAAGUCCACAGAGCCGGCUGAUGUGGAUACGCAAUAUGAGUCCGAUACCGAGACGAUCAAAAUUGACGCCGAAGUUACUCGAAAGAACUCCGAGCAUGUGCGAAAAACGAAAGAGCAUCCCGCAGAUCUUCAAGGUUGGCUAGCGUUCAUCGAUCAUCAAGAAGCCAUGUUGAAACUCGAUCGGCCUUCGUCGGAGUUGACUGCCUCGGAUAAGGCACAUCUCGCCGAUGUGCGCAUUUCUAUCUACGAGGAGGCAACAAAGAAGAUAGGGACGGAUCACGACAGCCAGAUCAAGCUUUACGCUGGACUGCUAACCGAAGCACGAAGGGCUUGGGACGAGACUAAGCUUGCUAGCAAAUGGAACGAGGUACUCGCGAAACAUCCGCAGAGUGUCGACCUGUGGUUCAUGUAUCUUGACUUCGUUCAGUCAAGUUUUGCCAAGUUCAAGUACGAGAACUGCCGAUCAACCUUUCUGAAGUGCCUGGAAGUGCUUCGGGCAAGUGCGAGCGGACUCAAGCCAGAGGACGCCCUGCAUAUCUUGCUUCGCCUGACGUCCAUUAUGCAAGAGUCGGGGUAUCAAGAACUUGCUCUCGCUAUCUGGCAAGCGUUAAUCGAGGUUCACUUUGUCCAGAAUGCGCCCAAUGCUAAGCUCGAGACAACCGAUGCUAUCUCCGCCUUCUCGGAGUUUUGGGAAAGCGAAGCGCCACGGGUCGGCGAGGAAGGAGCCAACGGCUGGAUGAAGUCCAGCCCAAACGACAUAACGCCAUCGGGCUCUCUACCCUUGCGAACACCAGAUCAACCAAGCAAUGUCUUCGAAGACUUUCGUAUGCGCGAGAUAGACGCAAUUGAAAAGCUUAGGUAUCCCGGUCGCACCUCAGAUGAUGUGGGUGAAGACGAUGCUUUCCAUUCCAUCUUCUUCUCCGACAUAGCGGAUUAUCUGAAUAUCCUUCCAGCGGCAACCGAACGUAUACUCAUCUUGGAGGCAUUUUUAUGCUUCUGCAGUUUACCUCCACUACCUAGAGUUGCCCAACACCAAGAGAAGUGGCGGCCAGAUCCCUUCUUGCACCGCAAUUUUCAUUCUGCUUCACAUCUCCAGGACCAAUCGAGCCAGUUUACGCAACUAUUUGCGAAGUUCUCCAACUGUCCGUUGAAAAACUUUCAGAUGACUAGCGAGCUCCUGUUCGAACAAGAUUUCCCACUCGAUGGAAUUAAUCUAAGUCCAGACUUUGUUAGAAGACUCCUGAAGCUUCUGACCACGGAUCUAUCGUGCGACGAAGUCAUUAGUGAGUAUCUUCUCGCAUUUGAGUUGCGACACUUUCCAUCGGAUGCCUUCAAGACAGCGAAGCAGUUACUUAAAGCGCGUCCAACGAGCAUGCGACUGUAUAAUGUCUAUGGCCUCCUUGAGCUGCGUCGGGGCAAUACAGUAAAAGCGAAUCAGGUUUUCAGCAUGGCGCUUUCCAUGCAGAAAGGAGACGUCACGCUCUCAAUGGCUGGUAGUCUGGAGCUCCUUAGUAGCUGGGUGUGGGAAGCCCUCCAUCGAGGGGAACAUAUGGAGGCUCUUUGGCGGCUUGUGUCGCCCCUUGGAAAGGUCCCAGAGCGCGAUGAGCAAGAUGAGCGACCCGCACAUAGUCUUGUUUUACGCACCCGUACGAUCAUUUCUGAGACGAGUGAGCGAGCGCUACUUCGAAAGGACUACCAAUCCGCAGUCCUUGCUACGUCGCUUGUAGCUCUUAUGGCAUAUCUCUCAAACGACUGCAACCCCGAACGCGCGCUUGACGCCCACCAGCAUCUUACCGCAUGGCUCGCGUCCAACAAGCUAUCAUCAUCUCCCCCCGCAGAGCUGCACGCCCAGCAAAUAGCCCGCUUCCUCAUCCACCACGCCUGUCAUACUCCAAUCGUCAAACCAGCCCUGAUCCGCACCACCCUCGAACCCCUCAUCUCCCUCUUCCCAAACAACACGCACCUGCUAUCGCUCUACGCCGCAAACGAAGCACGCUUCUCCAUCGACGACCGCGUCCGGAGCAUCAUGCACCAAACCGCUCUGCAGCGUUCAGACGCAACUAGCGUAGCCGGCUGGGCCUUUACCAUCCACUACGAAACACUCAAAGGCGAGAUCGCGGGUUCAACGGCACAUUCUAUUCGCGCAUUGUAUAAACGCGCCGUAGACGGGACUGGUGCGCACUGUCCCGCGCUUUGGAAAGCUUAUAUACACUUUGAACUUGAACAAUUACGCCUAGAGCAGGUGAGGCGUCCGGAUAAGAAGGAGCGUAAAGAUGCGAAGAAGGGCAGAGGGAAGGAUCGUGUAGAGGAGGCGGGGGGUAGAGUUAAAGAGACUUUUUAUCAGGGCGUGAGACGGCUACCUUGGUGCAAGGACUUUAUCAUGCUGGCUUUUACGGAUGCAAGGGGAGUUUUCACGGAGGAAGAGCUUUGGAGGUUGUAUAGGGUUCUGAUGGAGAAGGAGUUGAGGCUCUAUGUGGACUUGGUGGAGCCCGAUGUUUGAAUGGGUCUCAGUACUGGGAGAUAGUGUAACGAUAUCAUAUAGUUUUGGGUUUAAACUGCGAUAUCUCGGUUGUAGUUGCGUGCUUUCAAAUUCUCGGGAGAACUAUUCCUUCUUCGGCACCAUUACAUUAGAUACAUCAGAUAAUUCUGUAGUGGUUGGGCAGAGGCUGUUGCUCUUGUAACAGAAUAUAUACUUCUCAAUAUCUGGUG